CCCGGAAGUCCCGUGUAAAGCUGUGAGAAGUAACCGGCGACACUCAGACGAGCAAAUGUGAAUAUCGCCUCCAGACAAAAUGCCUCUCUUGCUGCUUUGCCUUUCUCUUUCGCUCCUGCCCUUUUAUUCGUCCGCCAUGAUAAAUGACAGACCGAUAAUCGGUGUUCUGGCUCAGGAGGUCUAUCAACCCAAACCGAACCAGACCUCCUACAUCGCUGCGUCCUAUGUGAAGUUCCUGGAGUCGGCGGGAGCCAGGGUCGUACCUGUCCUGAUUGACCAGACACCGGAGGAGUACAGGGCACUGUUCCAGUCCAUCAACGGCAUCCUGUACCCAGGCGGAGGCGUCAGCAUUAUCUCAUCUGGCUAUGAACGGGCUGCGAAGAUCUUUUAUGAGCUCGCCAUUCAGGCCAACAAGAGAGGCGACUACUUCCCCGUGUGGGGAACCUGCCUUGGAUUUGAACAGCUGAUGUAUUUGACGAGCCCGAACUCCACUCUGUCACACAGCAAUACAAGCGGCGUGGCUUUGCCUCUGAACUUCACUGCUGCAACCAAAGACAGCAGGAUGUUUAAAGGCUUCCCGGCUGAACUCAUGGAGGAUCUGGCUUCUGAGCCGCUGACAGAAAACAGUCACCAGUGGAGUCUGGCAACGUCGACUUACAACACAAACGAGGACCUGCGGAAGUUUUACAAAGUUCUCUCCACAAAUACAGAUGGAAAAAUAGAGUUUGUGUCAACAGUGGAAGCAUAUGAUUAUCCCAUCUAUGGAACACAGUGGCAUCCAGAGAAGAACGCAUUCGAAUGGUCGAGGCCCUACAUUCCACAUUCCCCAUCUGCAGUCAAGACAACCUUCUACAUGGCCGAGUUCUUCGUCAACGAAGCCAGGAAGAACUUUCACAGAUUUGAAUCCGAGGAGGGGGAGAGCAGAGCGCUGAUAUACAACUACAGUCCUGUUUACAAGGGGCCCAACAGUAGCUUUCAGCAAAUAUACUAUUUCUGAUGCGUGUUAGCAGAGUGCUUUUCCCAUUCACCGGCUGAUUGGCUGCUUUAAUCGUGACUCGAGAAUGUUUACAGAUAAUUUGACUUGUUUGAUUUAGUAUCCGCGGCUCUCCCCAUCUGUUCAAUCUGCAACUGAACAAAGUGCUAAACUGGAAAGAGAGGAAGAUUUAUCCAUGCAGCAUAAAUAUUGAUGCAGUGGGGGAUUUAGAACAUGUCGAAUCAUGCUUUGUGGAUGCUAUGGCAGGGUCUUCCAAUUGCACAAUUAAAUGCUCUUGCACAUUUUAA